AUGAAAAGCAAGUCGCGGCGUAAAAUUUCUGGAGAAACAAUUCUGAGAUGGAUAUCACGUUUCUGAUAUUUGGAAUUUGUUUUGAAGCUAUUCCAACCAGAACCCGCUUUGAAGAUCUUGGCGGCUAAUGCACCGCGAUUGGCCUUCAGAGUGUAUGCCGAUUUCGCGGAGGGCCUUGGCGAGGGGUGAGGAACAAUAGCGGAUAUGGGCAAGCGAGCGGGUAAUGCACCUAUGCAGAUCAAUCAACAAAGGAUACUAUCUACUGAUAAGCGACUCGGCCGGUUGGAGCUCGGAGUGUUUCUAUGACUUCAUGAAAUCGUAAAUAUGUAAAUACUGUGGCUUCUCUCAGCAUUAAAACUUUGUCUUGUUUUCAACUUAUCUGACUUUGGAAAAGAGUGCAACACCAACAACUAAACCAUGGCAGACGACUCUAAGCUGUAUGGGGACAUCUCUCAACCUCCGCCACCACUCCCACAGCCUCAUCUCACACAACUACGCAAAGGCGUAUCGCUGUUACUUCCUUUAUCGCGGCUAGGACAUGGACCUGGUCUCAUCCUCCUCGUGCCAGAUCAUGACAAGCAACUGAGCAUUGAAGAGGGAAUCCCAUCUCCGCUCAUAAAAUGGGCGGAGGAGGGAUACGUAGUGGUUGAGAUCCAAAGCUCAGCACUAGCCGGAGCUGAGGAGGAAGUGAUCAUAGAAGCAGUGAGCGCCAUCCAGGCAUGCGAGAAAUGCGACCAGAAAGAAAAGAUGGGGAUUGUCAUCUAUGAGCCGAGUCUCUUCAAAAUCGCAGCACGACAUAUCGCAGCGGUUUCUGUGAUCGUCAGUGGAGUCAUAUACGGAGAGUCGGACAUCCAGAUUUUCGGUGGUGAAAACCCUACAGCGGCUGCGAUACCACUCGUUGUCCACUAUGCUGGGCCUCAAACCAGAAAAUCUCGCCGCACGAAAGACUUCACGGAAUACUUCUACCCGUCUAUCACCACGCCUUCACCCUCUUUCGCUCUCCCAUUCCUACCUACCUUCCACUACACCACAGAAGCGCUCUCCCACACGCGGAACCUCACGUUCUUGAAAUCGCACAUGGGCGGUCCAAACUUCGACCUGGAAGCCAUCUGGGACGAGCACACGUUCUACGAGUUUUCGGACCGCAGCGUGGAGUGGACGAUGAGCACGAUGGUGCAGGAGCCGUAUGUGAACCAUGUGCCGACGUUGACGGGUGGGGUGGGGAGGGAGGACUUGACGAGGUUUUAUAGGGAGAAUUUUAUUUUUAGGAAUGGGGAGGAGACGGGGCUGGAGUUGGUGAGUAGGACGGUGGGGGUGGAUAGGGUGGUGGAUGAGUUUUUGUUUGGGUUUUUGCAUGAUAGGGUGGUGGAUUGGUUACUUCCUGGUGUCCCACCAACAUUCAAAAAAGCUUCUGUGCCAUUUACAGCUAUCGUGAAUAUUCGCGGCGAUAGGCUCUACCAUGAGCAUAUUGCUUGGGAUCAAGGGACGCUACUUAGGCAAUUGGGCUUGAUGCCAGAAUAUCUGCCAUUUCCGUAUCCUGUAGUGAAGGAGGGAGAACAAGAUGGGCUCUCUGGAGCGAGCAAGGGGAAAGAGGUAGAAUAUCGCGUUCCAGUGGAGGGUAUCAAGACUGCGCAGAUGUUGAAGGAGAGAAAUAGUGUGCAGAGUAAUGAGAUGUUUGCUUUUCAGGCGAGGGAGGUGAAGGGUCAUGAAAGGAAGUAAAUGCGGAGUGGAUUCUUGUAUGGAAGCAACAUUGGCCCUUUAAAUUAAGAGAAAGCUCAAAAACGAUUUUCCAUCGUACAGUUUUAGCUUGAAACCUG